AUGGAGUUUAACUUGUCUACUUACUUCAAUAGUUUUGAUGUGGAAAAAGACUAUUCCAUUGACAUAUCAGACAUUGAUUCCAAAUUAGAAUCAGUUACAAAUUCUUUAGCCAACAAUCCAGAAUCUAUAAAUUUUAACUCAGAGCUCCUAGAAGACUUGAUAGAACUUACACAUGGAUACAAGACACUUGAUUUGAAGCAUCAGAAGCAAUUAGCCUAUUUAAUAACAUCGUCUCUUAGUACGAUUAGCCAUCAAUGCUCGAACAGUAUUGAAAGUGGGGAUUUUGUUGAUUCGAUCGAUACUUUCAAGGCGUGUUUAGAAAAAUUUGGAUACUUAUUAUUUGUGCUAUUGAUAUAUCUAGGUAAAGAAGACCAUGGACAAGCACAUUUGAGUGGGUCAAAAUCGAAGAGCUCUUCUGGGUCUCAAGCUAUGACUAAAUGGAAAGCAAACUGUACUCAAGUCGAAGAUGCAGUAGAUGUUAUAAGCAGCGUUGUCAAGAUUGAUUUAUCCAAAAUAUUUGUAACCACACCAGAGAAAGACUUGUUCAUUGAAUUAUUUACAAGGCCCAUGUUUCACUUGAUGGAAGUACCGGAGAGAAUGAAAGUGAAUUCAAUCAAAAUGCUCAUGUUUAAGAGUAUUGCAAUUUUAGUAAAAUUCCAUGGCCACGCAAGUGUUAUUCAAAAUUCUGUAUUGCAAUCUCUUAUGUACUAUACCCAUUUGCCAGGUUAUAUGGCGGAGUUGCUACAUAUUUUGGAUCAACAGUAUGACUAUAAUGUGUUAACUGAAGAGGUUCUUCGUGAAAUCUCUCAGAUUGAGUUCAAUUCCAAUGAUAGUAAUGGUCCUAAAUCUAUAUCUGAAUUCUUGAUUAAAUUAUCUGAGCUGAGUCCAAGGCUAAUUUUAAAACAAAUGUCAUGUAUUGCUCAAUUAUUGGAUAAUAGUAACCAAACCUUAAGAUGUUCAGUUGUCGAAACAUGCGGUAAUAUUGUAGUAGAUAUCAUCAAGAAUCAAGAAGUCAUAGGUGAAUCUUCAGAAAGAAAUGAUAGUCAUAACAGUAAUCAACAGAUAGACGGUCUCUUAGAUUUACUUCAAGAAAGAUUUUUAGAUCAAAACCCGUAUGUCAGAACCAAAGCUAUACAAGCAUUAACUAAAAUAUGCAAUUUGCCUGUUAAAUUCACAGCAAGAAGGCAACAAAUCGUUGCAUUAUCGGUUAGGUCACUUGAUGAUAAGAGUACUUUAGUCAGAAGGAACUCUAUCAAAUUAAUGUCCAAACUAGUAUUAACUCAUCCGUUCUCUGCUGUCCAUGGUACGCAGCUUUCUUAUGAGUUCUGGAAAUCUAAGUUAGAUGAAGCUGAAGCCGAAUUAGAGAAAUACAUUCCAGUUGCACCAGAAAAGAAUAAGAGACUAAAUAAGAUUUCAGAAGAUGAAGAAGAUGAAGACAACGCUGAUAAAAUGGAAAUAGACGAAAAGGAAGACGAUGAUAAAGAAAACGAUGUAAAUAACAAAGGCAAAAAUGAGGAUGCCAACGAGAGCGAAUCGAGUAUUGAUCAUGAUGAGUUAAAUGCUUCUAUGAUGGAACAAGAGCAGAACUUACCAGAUACAAAUGUUCUAGUUAAAGUGAAGCUUACUGUCCAAUAUUAUCAAGAUGCUGUCGAAUUUAUUGAAAUUUUACAAACUGGGACCAAUAUUGUUUCGAGAUUACUUUUUCGAAAAUAG